AAGUUCCACAUGCCUGAGGGUUCCAAGGAAAAUCCUCUACUUAACCCUGAGAGGUUUAGUAGGGUCUUAAGGGAGACAAGUCCCUCACAAGGAGAAGGUCAACCUUCGGGCAAGACCACAGAGUCACCAACCCUUAAGUUGAUGGGAAAACAUCAAGGAACUAAGACCCUUUCCAAGACGUUCAGAGGAAUGAGUUGGCCACUGGACACUCGCCCUCUAAACAAAAGCUUAGUCAAGGACAACAAAUGGAGGGAGGCGGAUGCAACCCAAGAGAAACGCAGGUCUUUCCUGCAGGAGUUCUGCAAGAAAUAUGGUGGAGUGAGCCGUCCUCAGUCACAUCUCUUUCACAUGGUAUCCAGGAUCUAUGUGGAAGAUAAACACAAAGUCCUAUAUUGUGAAGUGCCAAAGGCUGGCUGCUCCAACUGGAAAAGAAUUCUGAUGGUUCUAAAUGGAUUGGCUCCCUCGGCAUACAACAUCUCCCAUGAUGCCGUCCACUACGGGAAGCAUUUGAAAAAGUUGGACAGCUUUGACCUAAAAGGGAUAUACACUCGUUUGAAUACCUACACCAAGGCGGUGUUUGUUCGUGACCCCAUGGAGAGGUUAGUGUCAGCCUUCAGGGACAAAUUUGAACACCCCAAUAGUUAUUAUCACCCAGUAUUUGGGAAAGCAAUUAUAAAGAAAUACCGGCCAAAUGCCUGUGAAAAAGCCUUAAAUAAUGGCUCUGGAGUCAAAUUCAAGGAGUUCGUUCACUAUUUACUGGAUUCUCACCGUCCGGUAGGAAUGGACAUUCACUGGGAGAAGGUCAGCAAGCUCUGCUACCCGUGUCUGAUCAACUACGAUUUUGUCGGGAAAUUUGAAACUUUGGAAGAAGAUGCCAAUUACUUUCUACAGCUGAUCGGUGCCCCCAAAGAGCUGAAAUUCCCCAACUUCAAGGACAGGCACUAUUUAAAGGACCUGACCAGAACCGAGAGACAAUUGAUCUAUGACUUCUAUCAGUUGGACUACAUGAUGUUUAAUUAUACCACUCCGUUUCUGUAGUUUGCAUUCAUGUUCUAAAACACUGUAUUUACUUCAUGAGGACGAUCUUGAAUCAGCUAACUGUAAUUUUCCUAUAAUUCUCCAUAGGGGAGAGAUUUAACUAAAUGCAGUUGCCUUGAUUUAAUGAAGACUUUUACCAAAUAGUAUGACACCAAUUGGCACAAAGUUAUAGGAAAAUUACCUCACAGAAACAUGUGAACAACUCGAGUUACUCUAAAAUGUUUGGGAAAGAGCUGCUUUUGCAUUAUGGAUCAGAUUAUAGAAGCAAUAACCCAGCCAGCUGCUCCCUCCACCGCAGCAGACCCCACCACGACAGGAAGAGGGAUCUAAAAUAGCAUGAGUGGAUGUCUCCACCCUGGAUUGGUGGCAUUACGUGCAUGGAUAUAUUUCUAGCAGUCUGAGGCAUAUGAAUCAAACCCUGGCUAGUUUUCUUAUACCCCGGAAAUCUUUCAAUCAACUGCAAUGACGAAUUGGUUUUGAGAUGGCAUUUGGGGCCUGAGCCUUUCACUUUAGAUUGGGAGGCAUCGUGUGAUUUACAACAUGAGAAGGCAGCACAUACACCAGAUGAGGCUCUGGCUUUCUAUAUUCAACAGCCAAUAAAAAAUGCUCAACAGACUCAGAUCAAAGCAACAGAAAAGCCUUCCUCUUCCCGGGAAACAGAAGGGAAUUAAUUCCGUUUUCUCUGGAGUCUCUACGCGGAGACGAAAUGAGCACAGCCACUGGGGGCCUUUGCUUCUGAGGCAGGCGGUUGAGUUUAGGCCUCGGUAGAUAGAAAUGUGCUCCUAAUUCUGGUUUAAUUGGGGGGGGGGAGUGGUUGUUUCAGGAUGGAAGACUCAUCAAAAAACAAAAGCUGCCACUCGGACUACAGACCUCAAACAAUAAGGGAGUUUUAUAAGAACGGUAUUGGAAUCAAAGCAUCAUGUGCACAGCGCUGUAUGUGGCAUGAACUCUGUGAAUAGCUUUGUUUUCAGUCUAAUGUUUCAGCUUGGGAAUGACUUCCCAAAAACGAAUGCACCACUUCAAAGAUGGGUUAUAUUCCAGAGAAUAAACAGAACAGGCGCCCCUGGGAACAUUUUAAUAGGCUUUUGCAUAAACAAAUUAAGGUACUUUUUUAAGUUUAAAUAUUCUGUCCUAACCAAGUCAAAUACCAGUGCAUUCACAGAUUAAGUCAGAGUUGGGAAAAUAAGACCAUGUGUCACCCCCGUGAGCAGUCGUAAUGCAUUUUAGACAUUUUUUCCAAAGGACCCGGAAGCAGAAGACACGUUUGAGUGGGAAAUUCAUUCUCACUGGUCAGCUGUUACCCUGGGUUAAACCACGCCAUUCAAAUCUCGCUUACAUCCUGUUGCUUCCCCACACCAUCGCUUUAGUCAGUAAACACUCAGAAAUGGCUUUCGCAGAAAAGCAGGUGUUCGUAUCUGAGUAUGAUGCUGCAGUCGCCCGUUUCGAUUUGGUUCUCCGUGUCAUGGCCGAGCACUCAUGAGCUGCUUCACUCUCUACACACCCCUACCCUCUGUGUCUGCCAUCGUCAGCGGUACACCUUCCACACUGACCUGCCACUCCCUUCCCACGCCAUCCACUCGCGCCGCGAGACCACACUCCGAAGCUGUGCUCUCUCUUUAAGGAGUUCUACUCCAGAGGAAGCUCAUUUCUAUCAUUUGAAUUUCGCUGCACCACGUAGGGCGAGUUCCGUUUUGAAAUCUCACACUUCGUGAGCUCUCUGAUCAACAGGAAAAGCGAAAGGAUGGUCCCCCCCGCUGGGACGUGCGUCAGAUCCCUCUCUUACCAGCAGAUGCAGGCACUCCUCCAGUUCUUUCUUUUCGCUUCAUUAAUUUGUCCAUUUCUUAUACCCUCUUCGUAUGAAUAUGAAAUCUCUGUUGUCAUUGGAAUCUGUCUUAGGUCUUAAAUGCAGGAGGAGAGAGACGGUGUCUGUUUCAUUCAUUCUGUGCCGUUUCUAGCAAAGCGCUCAUGAAAAGUCACUGUGACAGAUGUCUGCUGAAGUGCAAGGUCCCUCUCCAGCUUCUCCCAGUGGGGAAUGGGUGCAUUUCUGCCCUGGGACUCUCAGACCUGCAGGACCAGCGGAUCUAAGGAGAAGGCCCCGGGCAGUGAGGAAGGCCCCGGGCAGUGAGGGGGGACUGGGGCGGUGAGGAGGGACUGGGGCAGUGA